UAUCCGACCACAAACUUCUUACAGCAGUUCACUGCGGCAGUGUGCAAGAUUCCGUCACAAGUUGCAUUGGUACUUUCUUUGGGUCGGGAAAUAAUGAAUAUACUUUUCCGAUCUGUUAUUCUUCUGGGUCCAGUUCUCUUCUUCAACGCGGGAUCGGAAGCUAACAUAUUUAACGAUGUCCUUGAUCUCAUUAUCCCGAAGAAGUAUGUUGAAGUGAAGGACCUGGCUAUGAAGACCUGCAGCAACGCCCACGGAGGGCUUGAGCUGCAGAACAUCCACGUGUUCAACAAUGGAAAGGGAGAAAUCGAGAUAUCUGGGAAAGUGAAUAUAAUGACUUUCCUGUCUGCACCUAUCACGGCAAAGGUGUCGAUGGAGCGCCAAGUGUUUGGGGUGUGGGUGAGAGUACCCUGCAUUAGAGAUUUUGGAUCCUGUAUCUACGAGGACCUGUGUAACUAUGGCUACGAUGAAGAUACGUCAUGUCCUGCGUCCUUUGUUCAAGAUCGUGUCCCCUGCCGUUGUCCUGUUGAAAAGGGGCUGUACAAGAUUCCUAGCGACGUGAGAAUAUCUGCGGAUGGCAACCACUGGGCAGGCCUCGUUAGUGGAAAAUACAGGGCCACAGCGACGUUCACACACAAUAAGUACGAAAUGGCCUGCUACACCGCCUCGUUUACUCUCAAAGCAGUCCCAAAGUAAAUCACUGCAAUUAGCACUGUAAGACUCACAUGUAAAUGCAAAACGCAGUCACUGAAAUAAACGUGAUUUAGUAAUCCAUACUCUAAAACGUAAAUUUAA